GUUUUGGCCUCAGUUUUCUCGAUUUUGCUCUGGUUUACUGUGCUUUCUAGUUGGGGGAAAUUAUUGUGGGUUAGCGUGGAUGGUGAGGCGAUGGGUUCGAGCGGGAAUGCUAUAAAGUUGGAGGCUUUGCCCAAGGGUUACCGAUUCCGGCCAACGGACGAGGAGCUUGUAACCCAUUACUUGAGACUGAAGAUCAACGGCCGUCACUCGGAGGUUAAUGUCAUCCCUGAGGUUGAUGUCUGUAAAUGGGAGCCAUGGGAUCUCCCUGAUGCUAUUUACAAAGCUAAGAAAAGAGAAACUAUUCUAAUCCUCAAGAAGCUGAGGGUGUUAAGUGGAGUUGGAGUAGCUGUUGCAUCAAUUAGUUUAGCGCACUCUGUGAUAAAGUCGGAUGACCCAGAAUGGUUCUUCUUCUGCCCUCGUGAUAAAAAAUACCCAAAUGGUCAUCGCUCUAAUCGAGCCACGGAAGCAGGUUAUUGGAAAGCCACAGGAAAGGAUCGUGCUAUAAAGUCUCGGAAGGGUCACUCUGAUGCCCACUUAGUUGGCAUGAAGAAGACACUAGUUUUUCACAGGGGUCGUGCUCCUAAGGGUGAACGUACAAACUGGAUAAUGCACGAAUACCGUGCUACGGAACCUGAUCUUGAUGGCACUGGUCCUGGACAGGUAGACUAUGUCCUAUGCCGCUUGUUCCACAAAGCAGACGAGGAAGUACACAAUUCAAAAUGUGGUGAAGUUGACUGUAAUAGAUCAUUUCCUUCGACAGACAAAUUGUCCCCAGAUGACGUCUCAUCAGGUCUGUUCCGAGAACCUGCGAUGCUUGAUACAAUCAGUGGCCCACAUGACUUCAAGAAAUGGUUGACAGAUGAUGCUGACUGUAUGACUUCUACUAACCCAGUCCCGGUUGAAAGCUGUGCAUCUGAUGGAGUUGAUCACUCAGGAGAAGAAACUGCUAUGGAGGUGUAUGCACCAGUAAGACAAGCCUCAAUGUCUGAAGAUGCUGCAUACAACCAAUUCGAAGACAAGGCCUCAGGUCCUGUCUUCUCAAACAAUUUCUCUGAGUUAGGAGCUUGUGUAGGUUCCCCUUUUGCUGAUGACUUUGGCAGCGAACAAAACGGAUUGAAUUUUCAAGACGGUACAUCAGAACAGGAUGCAUCGCUGUCAGAGCUUUUGGAAGGUCUUCAAAACCAUGGGAACUGCUUUGGCGAAGCAUCGACUGGCCCAAUUUCGAAUUUGUUAACUAGAGAGACCUCUAAUACUGGAGAAGUUGACGGCCUAAAGCAUCUACAAGCACCAUCUACAAAUGAUUUUAAAUUCCAAGGGAAGACGGAUAGGAAAAUCGUUCCAACUCAGGGUCAGAGACCUCCAAGUCUUUUACCCAUUGCACCCUCUGCUGAUCAGUCCCAGACCCAUUAUGCUGUUGAAGAAGCUGGUUCAUCUGUCCAUACAGCUAGGGGUUCGGGGUACGAACCAGUUGAGACAUUAUAUCAUAAUAAUCCUAUCAGAGACAACAACACAGAUGUAAGUGAUACGGGAAUCAAGAUUCAAUCUCGUGAGCCACGAAAGAAGCCGAGUUAUACAGCUCAAGGAACUGCACCAAGGAGAAUCCGUUUGUGGAAUGGCUGUAGGAAGAAAUCUGUAUGUGGUGAAUCAUCUAUUGAUAAUGAACAUGAAGCACAAUCACCUAUUAGACAGGUCCAUAAAGAUACUGAUAGAACUUCCAAGUUUGUGGAGUCUGAUACUGAAAUUCCUAAUGAGAAUGAGGAGAGUGUUAAAAACGGCAAUUCAAGAUUGGCUGUGAAAAACCCGUGGAGCUGUGGGAAAAUGAGAUCAUAUAUGUUGGCAGCAUUUUCUGUUCCCCAAGGUCCCAAUCUGCAUCCUCUUCAUAACAGACCUGUAAGUUAUGCUCUUCAGAAUUGA